GGUAACUAUGGGCGACAGGAGUGUCUGUGCUCCGAGUUUUGCGGAGUCAGGCGCUCAAAAAAACAUUACUACUGCCCCUGAUGCGGCUUUUGUCACAGACGCCGUUAAAGUAAUAAACAUUCAAAUAGGUAGUACCCAGGUCGAAGGAGACAAGACUGAAGAGGAGCUACUGACUGGUCUCCUAACUGAUGGCUACUGUCACGUGUGUGAGGCUGUGCUGCAGUUUGAGUCUCAGCGGCUUGCUCACUAUGAGGGAAAGAAACAUGCUCAGAAACUCAAGGUGUAUUUGCAGGCAAAGAAAACCGAGAAGAUGAACUCACAGUCUGCUGGAUCCCAGCAAACCAUUAUGGGGGAUAAAGACCGUUUCUGUGAGCUGUGUAACAUGGUAUUUAAUGCUCCUGUGGUUGCAAAAUCACAUUAUGUGGGAAAAGUCCAUGCAAAAAAUCUACGUAAACAAGGUCUUCAGUCUGUAGUUCUAAACAAGUGCACAGAGAAGCUGAGUGAAAGUCUGAAUCAAGCUUCUGCUAAUGCUGAUCAAGAAUCAUCUCUGGAGGAUGUCACAAAGCAUUUUAUAGACCCAGCAUCCACCCAGAGUGCAGAUAUUGAUCUGAAGGACCCUAACAAGUGGUGUCCCCUGUGUGCUGCCCCCUUCUUCAACCCUCAGAUGGCUCUGCAGCACUACAGUGGACGGAAACACCAAAGGAAUCAAUCCAAACAAGAGCUGCUUAAAGAACUGGGAGAGAGUGUCCAACAAGGUAGCUCCCUGAUGUGUCAGAUGUGUAGUGUGGAAUUUAACUCUGUGGAAAUGUAUCAUGCCCACAUGCAGGGCAACAAGCACCGAACUCAAGAGAAGAAGGUUGCUGAUGUGUGCACUUCCCAAGAGAAGGUCAGUAGCACAUUUGCAGAUGAACUGGCAGAUUACAUCAAGGGCCAGAAGGCUCGUGGAAUCACCCCCAAGACGACCUACACUGUCCCCCUGGGUGACAGACAGGAAGAGGGUGAGGAAGAAGAAACAUUUAAUGAGGGAAGUGUUUGUCAGCUGGACCAGCAUCUUCACAACCAUCUGCCUACUUCAAAUAAUCCUCAUUACUCUCAUCCCAGUGGUUAUUAUGUAGCUGAAGGCUGGCAUCCUCCAUAUCAGGACCCUGUGUGUAAUUACAGCGUCAGAAGAAUGUAUUGUGGCUGGGACUCCAGUGGCCCUCCUCCAGACCUCACAGGCUCAGAGAUUACACAGACCACUAUGAGGUCCUUCAAGAGGAAAAGGAACAGAGAGUGCUCAAGCUCUUCAUACAGUACCUCGUUGUCUGACUCCUCGUAUUCCUCCUCGUCUGGCAGCAGCACGAGUGACUGUGAGGAGAGCACACGCAAGCACAGACACAGGAAGAGACCCAGAAGGUCCAGGAUGAGGAGAGGCAGGAGACCAAGAGAGGAAGACUCCGAUGCAGAGAAAAGGCAGAGGAGGAAGGCCAGGGGUGAAAACUACAAAGGGAGGAGAAGAGAUAAGUUAGGAGAAAAAAACAAGCGAGCAAAACAUAAAAGGCAUGGUGAUGGAAGGCAAGACAAAAAAACUCUGCAAAGUGAGUACGUGGAGGAAGGCGGGGAAAAGGUGUUGGAUAUUUUAAUGCCAGAAGAGAUGAUGGAGAUGAAAAAAGGAACUCGGUGUAAUAUUGAGGAUGAGCAGCAGGAAGAGCAAGAUGAGUUAACCCGAUCCAGAUUUUGGAAGGAAAAGAGGAAAACAAAGGACAAAGUAGACAGUAGAACAGAGGAGGAGAAGCUGUGGGAUGAAUCCAUACUUGGCUGUUAAGUACAAGAGACCCAGUUCAGCUGUUCUGAACUUUUGACAUAGAACGCUGAACAUUAUCACAAGUCUGACAUGAGGAAAUAUCAGCACUAAUCAUUGUACCAAUGAUCUAAAGGCUCGACGCAUGACAGCUGGCUGGCUGUGUUUAGUAAAUUUGGGCUUUUUGAAUGUAACCACCUUAUUUCAGUAUAGUAGAAGACGACAAGAAGUU